AUGCAUGACGAAGAGCGCGUGCCCCAGGUCUCCAGGAUGUCUCCUUACAGGUUCUCCGUGCUGGCUCUGCUGCUGCUCUCGGCCUACUGCUGGGCUGAGGAGUCAGACCUUUCUGUGUCUGAAAUCAUUGAGAACGCCAACAAGAACAUUGUGCGUCGUGAAGGUGAGCCCAUGCUGAUCGAGGGAGACAUCGCCAUCGACAACGAGGCUGAGAGGAACGCUGACCCCUGCACCUCCAGAGGCUGCAAGUGGGGCAAAAACACAGAUGGAAAGGUCUACGUCCCCUAUUACAUUGCCAGCCACUUCUCUUCCCGGGAAAAGUCCAUCAUCACUCGUGGUCUGGAGUCCUUCUCCUCCUUCUCCUGCAUCCGCUUCAGACCAAGCAGAAGCUCUGACCGCGACUGGCUGAGCAUCGAGUCCAAAGACGGCUGUUGGUCGUAUGUGGGUCGUCGUGGAGGAAAGCAGACCGUGUCUCUGAACCGUGGAGGAUGUCUGUACCACAACACCGUCCAACACGAGCUGCUCCACGCUCUGGGCUUCAACCACGAGCAGACCCGCUCCGACAGGGACAACCACAUCAGGGUGCUGCUGGAGAACGUGGUGUCCGGAAUGGAGCACAACUUCAGGAAGAUCGCCACUCUGAACCAGGGCACUCCCUACGACUACGGCUCUGUCAUGCAGUACUUCAGGACUGCUUUCUCCAAGAACGGAAAACCCACCAUGAUCCCCAUCCCCAACGCCAAUGUCAGCAUGGGUAACGCCAAGGAGAUGAGCUCCAAUGACAAGAAAAGGCUGAACUCUCUCUACCGGUGCUGUUUCUGUUCAGCAGUGUAG